AUGAAACGAGUAUUAUUCGCUUUACUUAUUAUUCUUGCUGUUACAAAGGCUAAUGGUGAUCCUGGCGAUUUUCGUCCUCCAGCAGUACCAUUAAUCGUAUUUAGUCCUCAUAUAUCGGUUUGGUCUUUUUCGGACAAUCUUACCGAUUCUGAUACUGUUCAUUGGAGUGGAUCUCCUUUGGACUUUCAUGGUUUAAUUGAUAUUGAUAAUACUCAAGUAUAUCGUUUUCUUGGUACUUUACCAUCAAAUGUUCCACGUUUGAUUCAAAAGAAAGUUGUUGUUCAACCAUGGCGUACAAUUUAUACAUUUUCUACACCAGAUAAUACAGUAGAACUUGUUUUAGCAUUUAGUCAACCUACGGCAAUUGAAGAUCCAUAUACAUACAUUACAUUUAAUGUUCGUGCAUUAGAUGGAAAAGCUCAUAAUGUUCGCCUUUAUUUUGAUGAAGGUCCAAUGUUAGGUCUUAAUGAUAAAAAUGAAAAAGUUUUUUGGAGUCGAACCGAUGAUAAUGUAACUGUAUUAACAAUGAAUGCUUAUAAUCAAAUUCCAUUUAGUAUACGUGGUGAUGCUACACGAAAUAAUUGGGGUUAUGCACAUUUAAUUGGCCCAAAUAAAACUGUCACAAAUGGUUAUCAAGGUUUUGGUGAUAAUCUUCGUCAAGCAUUUGUUAAUCAUCAAGCAAUGCCAAGUGAUGAUACACGAAAACCACGUCCUGCUCAUGAUCAAUCACCAUCAUCUGCAUUUAUUAUCAACUUAGAUCAAGUUACAUCACAAACAAUUUCAUCCUAUUUAAUAUUUCUUUUUGAUGAUGUUUAUUCAAUGUUAUAUUUUGAAGAAUGGCAACCACCAUGUUGGCGUACUGAACUUAAUAAUGAUCCUAAACAACUUAUACAAGAAGCAAUAUCAUAUUACGAAUCAAAUAUGGCUGAUAUAACAGAUUCAAAUGAAUUAUUAAUAACAUUAUUAACAAAUAUUGGUGGAAGUCAAUAUUCAUUACUUGGAUCACUUGUAACAAGACAAAUAACAGGAGCAUUAACACGAACAUGGUCUGAUAAACAAAAUCGUUCAGCAUUAUAUAUGAAAGAAAUUUCAUCAGAUGGUGAUGUUAGUACAGUCGAUGUUAUUUAUCCAUCAUCACCCUAUUUUCUUUGGUUACAUCCAGAAAUGUUACGUGAUGUUCUUAUACCAGUACUUGCUUACGCUAAUAAUGAAACAGAUAUUCAUUAUAAUUUAGCAUGGGCACCUCAUCAUUUAGGAACUUGGUCAGUUUGUGAUAUUUUACCUGAUGAACAAGAACAAAUGCCUAUGGAAGAAUCAGCAAAUAUGUUAUUAAUGCUUGCUGGUAUUGUUCAAAAACUUAAUAAAGCUGAUUUUCUUCAACCGUAUUGGGAUGUUAUGGAAGUUUGGGCUCAAUAUCUUAAUAGUACAUUACCAGAUCCAGGAAAUCAACUUUGUACAGAUGACUUCGAAGGACCAUCACCACAUAAUUGUAAUUUAGCAUUAAAAGGUAUUUUAGGUUUAGGUGCUUAUGCAAUUCUUUUGAAUUCAACUGGUCAAGCACAGCGUGCUACUACAUAUAUGAAUCAAGCACAAGAUCAUGCUAAUUAUUGGUUAAAAGCAGCACGUGAUGAUCAAAAUUAUCGUCUUCAAUAUGAUUUACCUAAUACUUGGUCACAAAAAUAUAAUCUUAUUUUUCAAUCAAUUUUAUCAUUAAACUUAUUUCCAACAGAUACAGCUAAACUUGAAUCAAAUUAUUAUGCAUCAAAAAUGCUUGAUUUUGGUAUUCCACUUGAUUCACGUUCGAAAUUAACCAAAGCAGAUUGGACAUCAUGGGUAGCUUCAUUUAGUGAUGAUUUGAAAGAAAAAGAUGUUAUCUUUGGUAAAUUAUAUAAAUUCGCAAAUGAAUCACCUGAUCGUAUGCCACUGAGUGAUUGGUAUGAUGCAUCGAAUGGUCAUGUUUUAGGUUUUCGUGCACGACCAGUUAUGGGUGGAAUAUUUAUUCGAGCAUUAUUAGAAAGUCCACUUGUAGAUAACAUUUAUAUUAAAUCGAAACAAUCUUCGAAACGUCAUGGUCGUGUAAAUAAAUGUACGACAUCGUAA